AUGUCGCUCAAGCGGAAAGCCCUCGAAGACGUUAGUGCUAGAUCUUCAAAACGCUCUACACCUGCUCCUGCGACUCCUGUCAGUCUAGAAAGCGAUGAAGAUUACGCGGGAUCUGAUGUCAGAUCUCAAGAUGAUGCAAGCGACAGCGAGAAGGAACACAUUCGAAAGGCGAGGGCAAAACUGGAUUUCAGUUCUUUUCAAACGCCACAUAGGAGAAAACAAACACAGUCCAUAUUUGGCGAGAAAGACUUCUCGUGGCUGUCCUUGAAGACCGACCAUGAGAAUCGUCCGCUCUGGAUUGACCCCAGCGUGUCGUCCGGUUCGAAGAAGGGACCGAAGAUUACUCUGGAGGCCUUCUCUCCUCUGGCGGCGCAGGCAACUGAUCUUCUUACAACCAUUGCUGAACCGCAGUCAAGACCCUCUUAUCUCCACGAGUACAGAUUUACGGAGCAUAGUCUGUACGCGGCAUUGUCGGUAGGUCUCCGUGGUGAAGACAUUAUACGUGCGUUGGAAAAACUUUCCAAAACUCCCGUACCUGAGUCGGUGAUUGAAUUCAUUGAUAAGCAUACAAAGACUUACGGCAAAGUCCGCCUCGUCUUACGCAAUAACAAGUUCUAUGUUGAAUCCGACGAACGACACAUCAUUGAUAUGCUGCUCAGAGAUCCGGUCAUCGGCCCUUGCAAAGCUGCAGGCACCGAUGUGCAAGUCGGCAGAAUCCAAACCAAGGCAACCGUCAUUCAAGGGACGAGUAAUGCCAAGGGCAUGAAACAGGCUGACCAAGGAAAUGCGGAAAUCCCUCGCGACGAUCCUCUGAAAGAAAACGAGGCUAUGAUAGCUGCACUGCGAGAUGAGGAAGACGAGGAAGACACUUACAAAGAAGCCCCAAACUUCGAAAUAGCACCGAACAAGCGUGAUGUAGUGGCCAAGCAAUGUUUGGAUAUUGGAUAUCCGGCUAUCUCGGAAUAUGACUUCGCUGGGGACUUCGAAAACCCCACUCUCCCGAUUGAUUUGAGACCGUCGACGCAGAUUCGACCAUAUCAGGAAAAGGCACUGAGUAAGAUGUUCGGAAAUGGACGUGGCAAGAGUGGCAUCAUCGUCCUCCCGUGCGGUGCCGGCAAGACGUUGGUCGGAAUCACGGCUGGCUGUCACAUCAAGAAAAGUAUUAUUGUAUUAUGCACCAGCGCGAUGUCCAGUUAUCAAUGGGCCAACGAAUUCAAAAAGUGGUCGGAUGUGAAGGAGGAAGAUAUAGCAGUCUUCUCUGCCUCGGAAAAGAGGCGUUUUAAUGGAGAAUCUGGUGUCCUGGUUACAACUUAUUCCAUGAUCACGGCCGGUGGCAAACGAGCCUACGAUACCCAGCAAAUGAUGGACUGGGUGUACGGCAAGGAAUGGGGUCUGAUGAUUCUAGACGAAGUCCAUGUUGUCCCUGCGAAGAUGUUCCGCAAAGUCGGUGAAAACGUUCGCGCCCAUUGCAAACUUGGAUUGACAGCAACAUUGCUCCGGGAAGACGACAAAAUCACCGAUCUUAAUUUCAUCAUCGGACCAAAGCUCUACGAAGCAAACUGGAUGGAGUUGGCAGAUCAAGGCCAUAUUGCGAAAGUGCAAUGUGCUGAAGUCUGGUGUCCUAUGUCCAUGGAAUUCUACCAGGAGUAUCAAAAAGAAACAACUCGGAAGCAGGCUUUAUAUUAUAUCAUGAACCCCGUCAAAUACCAAGUGUGCCAGUAUUUAAUCGACUAUCAUGAAAAGCGAGGCGACAAGAUCAUUGUCUUCAGCGACAAUCUUUUCGCAUUGAAACACUACGCCAUCUCGAUGAAAAAGCCUUUUAUUUAUGGCGACACAAGCAACCAGGAACGAAUCAACAUUCUCGAGAACUUCCAGCACAAUGAGCUUAUCAACACCAUUUUCCUGUCCAAAAUCGGUGACACAUCGCUUGAUCUGCCCGAAGCCACAUGCCUCAUCCAGAUCUCCUCCCACUAUGGUUCGCGACGUCAAGAAGCUCAACGCCUCGGGCGUAUCCUACGAGCUAAAAGACGUAACGAUGAAGGCUUUAACGCGUUCUUCUACUCGCUCGUUUCAAAGGACACUACAGAAAUGGCCUACAGUGCUAAACGGCAAGCUUUCCUUGUUGAUCAAGGCUACGCUUUCAAGACAAUUACGCAUCUCGCUGGCAUGAGUGACAUGCCCGGGCUUGCAUACACGACAUCCCGUGAGCGGAAUGAAUUGCUCGCGCAUGUCAUGCUUCAGCAGGAGUCAGAGGCGGACGUCGAAAAAGUCGAGGACAACAUGUGGAGUCAUCUCAGUGCUGGCAACCGUUCGGCCGCCGCAAGGAAGCUCCAAGUCAGAAGACAAGCUGUAUCUAUGGCAGAUGCCAGUGGCGGUGGUACCAUGGCUCCGAUGUAUCGGGAGCAGGAGCGGAAGAACAAGAAGAACCAAGGUCCAGAGAGUGAGUGGUUUAGAAAGGAAGCUCGACGCAGAGAACUUGCCGCGAAGAAGAGAAGGAAAGAGAGAAUGGAGGCCGAGAAAGCUGGUGCUUAG